AUGUCCGACGUUGGUCCCCCAACCGACCACAAUCAGACCUCUACUCCCGAAGAGACACUCAAGUUACUCUACGAUCUUGACGCACUGACACAGAUUCCAGAAGGGGAGUUCACCAAGGACAUUCCCCCACCGCCGAUAGGGGAGUUUACGAAGCCAUCUAGUAAGUCGACCCCGGCGCAAGAUGGGCAGCCUGGACCUUCGUCGGUACCGGCCGGCUCAGCAAACGAGGUUGAUGACGAGGAGGAGGAGGAGGAGGAGGAGGAGGAGGAGGAGGAGGAGGAGGAGGAGGAGGAGGAGGAGGAGGAGGAGGAGGAGGAGAGCGACGACGAAUACAACGAGCGUCCUCCGCGUAGCACGAAUCCGCACACCUUGGAAGAACGCAUCCGGCGGGAACAUGAAUACAUAGAUAACCUGCUUGAACAGGACGAGGAGGAGGACGAGCAGAACAUGGCGGUGCCACGCGAACAGUGGAGAGCGGCAGACUUCGUCGAGGAUGACAUGGUUUAUGCAUGCAUCGACAUGCUGGUCAUAGACGCCCUACGCCACCUACAAACCUUGGAGAAGAAUAGCACACUAAGGCUGUACACCUCGUUCAUCUACCACUACAAGAGGAAUUGUGCCGACCGGCGUUGCGGCACCAUCGGCAAUACCUACACCGCCGAACAGUUCAGCCAGAUCAUGAUGAAGGUGCUGCCGACAUGGGCGGCGUCGGCGUGGAACCCGCGGUCAACCGCUCCUUCGCAGACACCGUGGCGAUUUCUGCUCACCAAGGCGCUCACGCUACUCUCCCACCACACUCUCCUGCGAGGGGCCAGCAUCCGCGAGAUCACGCUCCCCGACAUCUUCUUGUACCAACUAGCUAGCACCUCGUCGGUGAACCCAGAGAACCAGCCGGUCGUCAUGGUGAUCGCCGUGCGGAACUCGAAGACUUCCAAGGAUGCCCGUCUUCAGCAGAGCUACGCGUUGCGACACCUGGAAGCGGAGUUGUGCGCUGUCGGCGAGACCGGCAUGUGGUUGCACUUCAUCCUCGACCAGAUCGGGCAGUUCAACGGCGUCGACUUCCUUCCGCCGCUUGACACCACCGAACGCGAACGCUGGUACAAGAAGCACCUCUUCUUCGCCCGCAACGACAAGGAGCAAAAAGAGCUCUCCGCCACCAGCCACCAACGUUGGACGCGGUAG